AGGUUUCGUGGACUGUGUGUCCAAGUUUUGAUCGCGCGCUCGCGACUUGCGACUUGCUGCUUUGAACAUGUUCAGAAAGGGCAAGAAUGACAAGGAGCCGGAAUGGGACCCGACCUUUGAGCCCUUGAUGAAGGUGAUUUUGGGCAAGAAGGGCAUCAAAACGAAAAGCGCGAGUGAAGUCGGUAAAAAGAAGGUUGACUACUUUCGAGGAAAAGACUUCAAGAAGUUCUUACUCGAAAACGACACCAUUUUGAACAAAAAGUGCACCAAAGCCUUGGAAGAGACACUAGAGGGAGCCGUGCCCGAGAAUGACCGUGAUUGCGAACGGCUCGGCAAUGAAUUGAUUCAGCGAAAUUUCUGCUACAAGGCAAUGUACAAGCCGCUGAAUGCCACGUCGAAGUCUGAUGAUGGUUCUGAGAAGAAGCCCAAGAAGUGGCCCGACCGCUUGGGAAGGGCACCCAAUCAGAGCUUCGACUGUGAAGGGUUUUAUGUUGUCACCUACGAGAGUGGAACUGGCUUGCAGCAUUUCCUCUUGGCUCUCAUCAUCGCUGGGGUGCUGCUGGCGUGCAUGUUCCCUGUGUGGCCAAUGUGGGCAAAGGUGGGCGUGUGGUACCUGAGCGUGAUUUUCUUGACGCUCUACUUUGGCGUCCUGAUCUUGCGGAUGCUCAUUUUCACAAUGUUUUGGAUUGUAGGAUUCGACUUCUGGAUCUUCCCAAACCUCAACGAUGAGUACUGCGGCUUUUUGGACUCCUUCCAGCCCAUUUAUUCUUGGGAGAAGAGGAAGGAUGACGCGCUCAUGCUGCUAGUUCGGUUUGCCAGCUUGGGCAUAGCAGCCGUCGCCAUGCAGCAGAUUGCUGAGACAACAUCUUUUGAGGAUGUCCAGGACCUCGUAACAAGCUCAUAUGCAGAUGUGCUCGCCUGGGGCGUCGACAAGCUCACAGCAUUGCCAGGCUCAGAGAAGCAGGCGCUUCCCAGCGUUGAGGAGCUGCAGAAGGAGAAGGAUAUGGAAGAGAACGAGACCAACGUCACAGCAGACAUGGCUGACGAAGACGAUGACGUGGACGAGAGCAAAGGCACCCAGCCCGAAAGUGCCCAAGAAAGCACGAGCAAGCCAGAGGUGUGAAGGUGCAGUGACCAGCCACUGGCUUGGCUUGUAAAAAGAAUCACAUGCAAGAACUUGCUGGUUCGCUUGCCAUAGGCAUACUUUCUAGAUAGUUUGCAUGAAGAGACAAUUGGAGCGUUGACAUUGCACGCGUGGACGCAA